CAUCACAAACAGACUCACCAUAAAACCAGUCACACUAAGAACGUAACCAUAGUCAAGAAACUCACAGAUUCAUUACAAGUUUACAACCCUGCGAGCCUUUUGAUUUCAUUUUGCAAAUUGUAUCUUCUUUUUCACAUAUUCAUUACAACCCUAUAAAGCAGAUGAAAGAAAAUAGUUGGAAACAGAGUGACCACCAUCUCAACCAGCCACAACAACAUGAGUAUAUUAAGAACAAAGAUGAAAUAAGCAGAGUGACCAUCGAAGCUCAUCUCCGAGGUCUCAAUCCCCUGUGCAGUCGAAUCAAUUCGGACCCUUGAUCCAUUCUCAACUAAUCAAUCCACCAAGCAUACCUAAUAUCUAGAUUCCAUGCCUAGUAGAAAACCCACGAAGGGGCAAAGAGCUCGAAGGGGCAAACUACCCCCGAAUCCAUAAAUCCCAUAUAUCUUGAAGUUGCCGUUUUCUAUUAGCAGAUGCAAAAAAGCUUUCUGAGUUCCUGGUCGGUCGCCGCCUUGGCGGAGCUGCAACGGGAACGGGGAGAGGAAAGGUUGACAUGAAGAGAGAGGGAGUACCAGAACGGCGGUGCGAGCCGGGAUACGGAGGCCGGCGGAGGUGAGAAUCUGCUCGUCCGCCGAGGGAAGCCAGGGGAAGGGUCAUCGUCGUUACUGGGAAGUUCUCGCCUCUUGGUGAUGCGUGACGUCGAGAGGGACGAGAAGCUCAAGAGUCGGGACGGAGACAAGAACUAGUAGGGAGAGGUAUCGUCGGCGCUGGUGCUGCCGGCGAGCCUUGCUCUUGACCUCUUGUGGUGAGAAGGUCGGCGGCGCCGACGCUGGGAAGAAUAAAUCGGGUAUGUCAUGUAUGUGGUGAGAACUGGAGGGCGACCUUUAGAUUAGAGAUUUACGCAUUUAGCGGUUAGCGGUUUUGAACCGUAACCGCGCGGUUUCGGUCGAUCCGUAUCGCAAACCGCAAACCGCUUAAUUAUUAGAUCGCAAAUGAGACCGCAACCUUAAUGGUGCGGUUUGGUCCGACCGCACAAGUGAUUUGGAGCGGGCGGUGCGGUUUGGACCGCACCAAUGCCCACCCCUAGUUGAACUGAUCUCACUAGAGAAAAAGCCAGCCUAACCCACUCGUACUCCUUCCUUCACUGAUUUCACAGCUAUCUUCUCCCUUUCCGCUUUCAAUUCCUCUCUCUUAGCUUCCUUUGUGUUACCACCUCUCUCGCUCUAUCUAUAAAACUGGGGCUUCGUCGUGGUGGGCUUUCUUUCACUUGUAGAAUGCGGAGGCGAAACCCUAGCUAGGGGCGAGGUCCUUUCUUAUCUAGCUCUUGUUUGUUUCUCUUUCGGAGUUUGGAAGAUCCAGACGGUUGUCUCGGCGGUGGAUGGGGAAUUGCUGCAGAUCUCCGACAGCCGUAGCCAGGGAGGACGUGAAAUCUAGCUUCUCCGGCCAUGAUCACACCAAGAAGGACGCCGUCUCGGGCAAGAGUAAACUGCCGAUUACUGUGUUGUCUGAUGUCGCUAAGGAGAAUAUCGAGGAGAGGUACCUGAUCGAUCAAGAGCUCGGCCGGGGCGAGUUCGGGGUUACCUACCUCUGUAUCGAAAGGGGGAGUCGAGACUUGCUGGCCUGCAAGAGCAUUUCCAAGCGAAAGCUAAGGACGGCGGUGGAUAUCGAGGAUGUGCGGAGGGAAGUGGCGAUUAUGAAGCACUUGCCCCGGAAUUCGAGUAUAAUGAGCUUGAAUGAGGCUUGCGAGGACGACAAUGUCGUGCACUUAGUGAUGGAGUUGUGCGAGGGAGGGGAGCUCUUUGAUCGGAUUGUGUCCAGGGGUCAUUAUACGGAACGGGCCGCUGCUUCUGUCACUGGAACUAUUGUGGUAGUUGUCCAGCUCUGCCACAAGCAUGGGGUGAUUCAUAGGGACUUGAAACUCGAAAAUUUCUUGUUCGCGAAUAAGAAAGAGAAUUCGCCUCUCAAGGCCAUUGAUUUUGGCCUGUCUAUUUUCUUCAAGCCAGGGGAGAGGUUCUCUGAAAUUAUUGGCAGUCCAUAUUACAUGGCCCCGGAGGUGCUUAAGCGGAACUAUGGGCCUGAAAUUGACAUAUGGAGUGCAGGGGUUGUUCUCUAGAUUUGUUGUGUGGGGUUCCUCCAUUUUGGGCUGGUAAGUCUUGUUCUCUCUUCAGUUACCGUUUCUUCCGUCUUCUCUCUUUAGAUUUUUUAUGUGCAAACAUGUGCACUGUUCCUCUGUUGCCACACAUUUCUACUGCCAAUAGAUCAUUCUACCAAAGGGUUAGCCAGGUAAAACCCUUUUAACCACAAACCAAUUUACUUGCCCUUCACUUUAGCAAACUACUCUUCUAAUUUCAGAGUCUGAGCAAGGAGUUGCGCAGGCCAUCCUCCGUGGAGUCAUAGAUGUCAAACAGGAUCCUUGGCCAAAUAUUUCUGACAGUGCUAAGAGUUUGAUCAAGCAAUGUUAGAGCCAGACCCAAAACUUCGGUUAAUCGCAAAGCAAGUUCUUGGUGCGUUGAAUAUUAUUUUUAUGAUGCCUAUCUUUCUUAAUCACUGCCAGUUCUGGUUGCCGUACGGUUAUAUAUGUAUUAUCUGUAGAGCAUCCGUGGCUUCAAAAUGCCAAAAAAGCUCCAAAUGCUCCGCUCGGAGAUGUUGUCAAAUCAAGGCUUAAACAGUUCUCUAUUAUGAACUGGUUCAAGAGAAAAGCCUUACGGGUUGGUCUUUAAUCCGUCAUUAAAAUCUUUAUUAUGAAUAACGCGUUUGCAUAUGGAGAUAUGAACUUCACUUCUUGUGAUUAGGUGAUUGCGGACUUCUUAUCGGUGGAAGAGGUUGGGGACAUUAAAGAAAUGUUCAAGAAGAUGGACACUGACAAGGAUGGUGUUGUCUCAAUUGAAGAACUAAAAGUUGGUCUCCGUAACUAAUCCUAGCUUGCAGAACUAGAAGUUCAAUUGUUGGUAGAAGCUGUGAGUAUACAUAAUCUUUAUUUAUCCGAUCAGUGCCAAAUCUGUUGCAAUAUGCCUUGAAUUUUUUUUCCAUAGUGGGGAAAUCAGUUAGACUUGCCAUCUGUUACAUCUCCUGAUUUAAGAAUGGAAAUGCUUUGGCUGGUGAAAAGUUGGCGUGCAUUAGUAUACAAUCUCGUUUUCCCCCGAAUAGCACACUUUGUGAAAGAGUUGCAUCUUUCCACAGAGAAUAUUGUAGGUUUUCAUAUUGUGGAUCUUUUGGUUUUCUUUCCCUGCUCUCACUCUAGAUCAAAGGAACUAGCUCUCCGUGGACACUGAAAGUAGGUUCUGCGUUGCUGCGCAUCUAUAAGUUUAUUAAGUAGCUGAGUCUCUUUGGAAAAUUGGAUAAAAGGGAAAACAAGUU